AUGGAGAAGCUUCGCUCAUUUCUGAGAAAUGUCCGCUUUAACAAUAGUGCUGGGGAAGAAAUAUAUUUUGAUGAGAAUGGGGAUGUAGCAGCUGGAUAUGAUAUUGUCAACUGGGUCAUGUUCCACAAUAAAUCCUUCCACAGACUCCUUGUUGGAAGGAUGGACCCGAAGCAUCCUGGAGGCAAAAGGCUCAUAAUCAAUGGAAGAAACGUUGUGUGGAAUCACAAGUUUAAUCAGAAGACACCUCGUGCCAAAUGUGUUGAAAGCUGCCACCCUGGAUACAGCAGAAUCGUUCAGCAGGGGCAACAAGUAUGUUGCUAUGGUUGCGCUCAGUGUCCUGAAGGAAGGAUUUCUGUUCAUAUUGAUGCAGACCAAUGUGAGAAGUGCCUGGAUGAUCAAUAUCCAAAUAAGGAAAAGAAUCAAUGCAUCCCCAGAACUGUCACAUUCUUAUCCUAUGGAGAACCUUUGGGGGCAGUUUUGGCAUCCUUUGCCCUUUUCUUUUCCAUUAUCACAGUUGUGGUGAUGGGCAGCUUCCUUCAGCACCACAACACUCCCAUUGUCAAAGCCAACAACUGGAGCAUCACAUGUAUCCUGCUCUCCUCUCUGCUUCUUUCCUUUCUGUGCUCCUUCCUCUUCAUUGGACAACCUCAGAAAGUGACCUGCCUUCUCCGGCAAACAGUUUUUGGAACCAUAUUUUCCAUUGCAGUUUCUUGUGUGUUGGGCAAGACCAUCACUGUGGUUCUAGCAUUCAUUGCUACUAAGCCUGGAAACAAGAUGAGGAAAUGGGUGGGGAAGAGACUGGCAAUGUCAGUCAUCAUUCUCUGUUCCCUUAUUCAAAUUGGCAUCUGUGUUGUAUGGCUGGUAGCCUCUCCUCCAUUCCUUGAGUUGGACACACACUCCCAGAUGGGACAAAUAAUAGUUCAAUGCAACGAAGGCUCAGAUACUAUGUUUUACAUUGUCCUGAGCUACAUGGGUCUUUUGGCCACCAUCAGUUUCACUGUGGCUUAUUUGGCCAGGAAGUUACCAGAUGCUUUCAAUGAAGCCAAACUGAUCACCUUCAGCAUGUUGGUCUUCUGCAGUGUUUGGGUGUCUUUUGUUCCAUCCUACCUGAGCACCAAAGGGAAAUACAUGGUGGCUGUGGAGGUCUUCUCCAUUUUAGUCUCUAGUUCUGGUUUAUUAGGUUGUAUCUUCCUUCCCAAGUGCUAUAUUAUUUUAAUGAGACCUGAUCUGAACACCAGAGAACAGAUAGCAAAGAAGAAAAAAGAUGACACUUAA